CGCACCAGCAGAUGGCGGCUUCCCACUCCUGCGUGAGACGCGGCGAAUUCACCUCGAGAGGAGCAGGCGGAGCGCGAGCGGACAGACUUGAAGUGAAGCAACAGACUGGAUGACUUUAUAUUUGCCUAUUAUAUUUACUUGUUAUUUCACUGUCGGACAAAAGGACGAAAAAAGAAGUGCAUUAAAAACCCAACACUCGGCUGAGGAGAAGAGAAACCUGAAGAAGUUGAGGAGCUCGGAUUGUCUGUAUCAACCAGAAAGACAACUGUCUCCACCAGAGGAAGCAACCUCUCACCAUGCAGCACUACGGGGUGAACGGCUACUCUCUGCACGCCAUGAACUCCCUCAGCGCCAUGUACAACCUGCACCAGCAGGCCGCGCAACAGGCGCAGCACGCGCCCGACUACCGUCCGUCCGUGCACGCGCUCACACUGGCCGAGAGACUAGCUGACAUCAUCCUGGAGGCUCGCUACGGCUCUCAGCACCGCAAACAGCGUCGGAGCCGCACGGCCUUCACCGCACAGCAACUGGAAGCGCUGGAGAAGACUUUCCAGAAGACACACUAUCCGGAUGUGGUGAUGAGGGAGCGGCUGGCCAUGUGCACCAACCUGCCCGAGGCUCGUGUGCAGGUUUGGUUCAAAAACCGCAGAGCCAAGUUCCGUAAGAAGCAGCGCAGCCUCCAGAAAGAGCAGCUUCAGAAGCAGAAGGAGGCUUCAGGGGAAGGAGGAAGCGAGAAGGAGGAUGCGCCUCCCUCCACAACUAUCCUUACUGACACCCAGCUCCCUCCUUCGUCCUCCUCCUCCUCCUCUUCUCUGGAGACAGAGGGUCCUGUAGUCCGUCCUGUACCGUUGGACAUGGAACUGAACGUCACGUCAGCAGAACACUCUGGCAGCGAGUCUGCGACGGAGGAUAAUGCCACAGAUAAAGAGGACGAGAGUAAAUCUCAGAGAGAGGAGAUGAAGUGUGAGAGAGCAGUGACACCUGGGGACGUCUCUCCAGUUUGCAAAAGACUCAGCCCUAAACCAGACUCUCCCCUGGUCUCUCCGUCAGUGACCCCCUCCUCCUCCAGCAGUGGCCUGGCCAGCAGCGGUCCUCUCUCUCAGAGCCACUCUUACUCUUCCUCCCCUCUCAGCCUGUUUCGUCUGCAGGAGCAAUUCCGCCAGCACAUGGCUGCCACCAACAAUCUGGUGCACUACCCUGCUUUUGACCUCGCUGCCCCAUCAUCACUCCCCUACCUGGGAAUGAAUGUUAACAUUCCCCCCGCGCCGCUGGGCUCUCUGCCCUGCCAGUCUUACUACCAGUCCCUGUCCCAUCACGCCCAGCAGGUGUGGAACAGCCCACUGCUGCAAGCGUCGGCUGCAGGUGGCCUCACCAGCCACAACAACAAGACCACCAGCAUUGAGAACCUGCGUCUGAGGGCCAAGCAGCACGCUGCUUCGCUGGGACUGGACACAAUGUCUAACUGAGAAUCAGAUUGUAUGGCGGACAGUGUGAACUAGGCCAGGGCCUCGGCCUACACAUCACCCCAUCCUACUGUGUGUCUGUGUGACUGUGAUAGUUCUUUAGGAACCGUAUACUGACCCCAUCUCGGCUAGAUGGGCACAGGACAUGCAGAGAUGUCCAAAAAUAAAACAUGCCAACAUGCACUGGACCUACAGAGAUCCAUUUAACAGCUUUUUAGGACAGACCACACUUCCCCAAUAUGUUUGGCUCCUCUAAGCUUCCGUUGCAGCUCAAGAUACAAAAGUAGAACCUCGGGAUAAGAAAACCCAUAAGAUAUUUUAUCUUGCUCAAAUAAUGCAAUGGAUCAAGUGAAUGUCCUAACAAGAGGGUAGUGAACAUGUUCCUGACUCAUCUGAUGAAGUUUCCAACAGACAUGUAAUGCUGGACCUUUUUAACAUCUGAAAUAAUAAUAAAAAAGAAAAAUGAUGUAUGAUGGAUGCACUCAAUUUAAAAGACAAUGCAAAUAAUGUUUACAAGGAUAAUGUGAAUAAAUGAGGCACUUUUGAAGGAAUUAAGCUUGUUGGUCGGGAUAAAAAAAGUUAUCGCUCAUGCAGAAAAGAGACCAUUCCUGUCACAGGACCAUUGACAUUUCAGUUAAGCACAGCGGUUAUGUACAUAGCAUGUACUACAUAACAGCACAUAAAUAAAACUAAACUUCAAGCCAUGUUGUCCUCAACAGCAUAAUUAAAAGUGACUAAUUUACCAGUUUAAUGGCCAGUAAUAUGCCACUGCACAGAGGCUGGCUUGAUAAUGAGAAAAUUAUUUCAGUGACUAAAUUCUCAAAGCUUUUAAUUACAUUUUGCCCUGGGCUGAGGGAGCUGGGGCAAAUGCAAUUAUGAACAUACAUACCAUUUAAGACCGCCUUUAUAAAUUCAAAAGGUCUGUGCACUAAAACGGUCAAUUAAGGUAGCAACAGGAUUGACAUCACUUUACCAUGAGUUGAUCAAUUUCCUUUGGUUAAUGUAUGGUAUGUAUGGUUAUUGUAAACAAAUCUGGAACCAUAUUCUCUCCUUUAUAUUCUCUUGAGGAAACAUGCAGCUUUUCACUGAAAGUCAGACUGACUGUUAGCACUUGAUGAGGAGAAUCACACGAGUCUGAUGUUUUUCUGUUAAUGUGUUCUGGAAGAUAAUGUCUUCAUAUGAAAAAAAAAAAGCACAUUAUUUUAGUAUGUAAAAUACAAAAAAUCUAUUAAUGUUUACUGGUAGGGUAAUUGUAAAGCGCCUAUUAUGUUGUAUAACUGAUAAUGGACUUUGUCUCAGAUAAAAUUCCUUUAGCUGUCAGAUUGUAAGAUUGUAUUUGCUGAGCUCAACGGCAGCCCUGUCUACCCCUCCUCUCCUGGUUUUCUGUGUGACGGUCCUGGGUUGAAUUCAUAAAUGUGUUCACUUUCUUCUCUCGAACUGGCAAGGAAGAAGCAAUUUUGCAAAUUUGGAUUGCUGGAAAACUGAAAGCGUCUGUCAAAGAAAGUGAAAAGAUUUCAGUGAAUAAUUGACCCGUCCUCUGUGUACUGCUGUCUUGACUCUAUUUUAGUUCUGUCGUUGCUAUUCUUCUAAUGCUGCCCCACCCCCCGACUGUCUCUGUCAAACUACUUGGUCCAGUGGUAGAUAGAUUUAUGAUUGCGGAGGAGAGAGUGGACCAUCAGCAGUGUUGUUUUCUUUACUCCUCCUUAAAAAUGUAGACUUGAAUUAGUGUUGUUGUAAAAUGAUCGCAAAUAAAAACAUUGCCU